UGAACAUAGCCAAAUGUUACAGACUGACAAGUGAAUUUGACAAUCGUUUGCGAAAUCAUGUGGUCGUAGCUGAAAUUGUUGUGUUAAAAUAUUGUUCAUAUUGCGGAACAAUUAUCUUAGCUUAUAAAUGCAAGCAAAGUAUAAACGUUAUUCAUAAUUGCAAAUGAAAAUCCAUAUCUAGUUUGAAAAAUGAAAAACAAAGUGAAUAUGAAAGUCCAGCCCUACUUAUGACAAACAAUGCGACACACAUCGUGCUUUACCAAUAGCUGAGCAGAAGCCUACACUAAUACAAAAAGGGUUUGUUCAGCUUAAAAACCGUAUCGUCCAAUUGUGUAAAUUUUGCAACCACUCAAAACAAGAGCUAACUUUCCUAUCAAACCAAAGGAAUUGAAAGUUACUUCAGCAGUGUUGUUCACAACAAAUCCAAUCAAUUCAAUGAGUAGUCGCGACAGCAUUAGUUUGGCGAAGCUAAAAGGCCAAAAGUGGAAAUGUUUCACGGAACUUUCAAACAAGCUUACCGGAAUAAACUCUGAUGAUGAGGACGUACCAAUUAGUGAGCUGAGUACAGAGCACCGCAAAUCAUCCAAGACUCAUGGAGGGCACCACAAGAGCUCCAGCAAACAGUUCUCGACGUCGAUAGCGUCGUCGUCGUCGUCGAUAUCGCUAGCCAGUUGUGUGGUGGGUAAUGUCGCUAGAAGCGGAAUUCCCAAUCGUCACAAGAGCAGUGUGAUGCGACUAGACAAGGCUGAUAUGGGCCUCUACGGAUUGUGCCCCGAGACCGAUCCGUUCUAUGCCGUAAUCUGUGAUAUUUGUGGCAGCGUAGUUAAACCGCAGGGACUUCAGAAGCACAUGAGUAACCGUCAUCAUUCCUACUACAGUCACGCGUCGAAAAGCUUAUCCUCGCCUUUGCCACUGUCUUACAACAGUCGAGAUCACCACUCGUACGGAGAGAGCACACAGAGAAGCGUUUCGAAUUCUGGUGACUCAAGCAGGUCAGAAAAAUCUCAUCAGUCGUCUUGCAGUUCUUCCAAACACGAAGAUCUGGACAACACGCCAUUGAAAGCUCGAAGCAGCUCACUAAGUUCCAAGAUCAAAGGAAAAAAUGGCAAGAGUUUAUCGUCAUCGUACAGUUCCUCGCACCACAACGGCAAAUCGUCCAAUUCAAGUGGUAGCAGUUCCAAAUCGUCCAUACAUGAGAUCAACCCACCGACUGAGUCUAACAGCACUGUAACCAAUUCCCGAGAUCCGCAAAUUAAGCAUGACUCUGGUUCCUCUCAUUCGACCGCACUCAGUGGAGUACUAGAUAAGAAGUCCUCGUUCUCGUCUACCUCUUCUAGUGGUGUCAGCAGUGACAGUACUUUAUCCCAUAACGUCAACAAUAUGUCGCCGUCGGGAAAGGGAGGAAAGCGGAGCAGCUCGAAGCAUGCAUUAUCCGCUUCUUCCUCUUCAUCGUCAUCCUCAUCUUCAUCCUCAUCUUCAUCGUCAUCGUCGUCCAGUACGACCAGUGGCAAUGGUGGUAGUAGUAGUAGUAGCAGCAGUAGUAGUAGCAGUAGCAGCACUUCUAUUCCUACUAGUAGCAAAUUGCAGUCUUCCAGCGACAGGAAAGGUGAUCGGCGAGAGUACGAUCCGGACAGACACUGCGGUGUGAUCUCGAGCGAUGGUAAAAGGUGCUGCAUGCGCGCACUCAACUGUAAGACUCAUUCCAUUUCUAUGAGGCGAGCGGUUCAGGGACGAAGCAAGAAUUUGGAGAAACUACUGGCGGAACACAAGAGUGGAUCGUGUGGUAAGGAUGAAAGCUACGUCGAUGCGGAAUCAUCAAGUAACUCAUCUUCUGGUUUUGAUGCAGAUCGUGGUCGAAACGCUGGUAGCAUCGCAACUGACAGUGAGUUCACUGGAUUAUCGGAAAGCGCUCACCUAUCCUUCACUCCGGAGAAAUCUAGUCCCCGCAAUGAAAGUGCUCCCUCUACUCCCGGUAGCCUCAAGGUAUCGAGUAGCUCAAGUCUGGUGGCAUCUCCGUGUGCGGUGAAAUCAUCAGAAUCGAAAACCGAGCGAUCGAGACAUAAACAACGAUCCUCCAGUCAAAUGAAAGGUAUAAUAUACCAAUCCGAACAGACACUGGCUUCAAGUUCUACAUCUGAUUUGAAAUCUUCCGCUCAAUCACGUGGCAAGUCCCAGCGAGAGCAGACUAUCACCAUUCCUACAGCAGCAGAACUCUUGGCACAACAUUUUGUCGAAGAAAAUCCCAAUACGGUUCUAUCGGAUGCAACCAUCGUUAUGGAUCCCAAUACAAAUCUGUUGAAACUCUCUGUGACUGGUACACUGCAUCCUACGAAUGAUAACGAAUCCCCGGAAGAGUCUAUCCAACAAUUUGCUGCCAACCUUAUGCAGGAGCAAUUAACCGUAACGGUUCCACUAUCUGUGAUAUCUUCAAUGAAUAUUUCCGGAACCGCUUUGGUCAAUGUAAAUGCUGGAAGUGACGAUCCUGCAGCAAUUACUACCACUACGACAGCCCUCAAUGGAGGAGCGACCGUCACGAUGCACGCAGGAGAUAUUUUAGCGGCAGACGGUUCCACCGGGGAGUCAGACGUAACAAGAACUGAACAGUAUAUUCCUGCUGAGUUGAUCAACCAACUUCCGCUGGUUCAAACUACCGAUGGUACUGAGUUACAUGAUCCCAAUCAAUACAUUGCCACAACGACGGGUCAAGAGCUGAGCGAUCAUGCACUUAUUUCGAACUACAACGAUCAAAUCAAUUACACGAUUCAUACCCUUGCUCAAAACCUACAAAAUGCUGAGCAUAUCACUGGCCAAACGUUACAAACGGACUUAGCGGAGAGCAUCGAUGAUAUCGUUCCGACCAUUAAUCUGCUUCCAGCUGCUGCGAAUCCCCUAGUUUUACCACAAUUACAAGCAGAUUUGGCCGAUUCAAUCAUUUUAACACCUACCCAGCUGUCAUCAAUUUCGCAAUCCCUUGUCGAUCAACAUUUCAUCGAAAAUGUGGCACUAAAGUCUGAUCUUGAUUUACUAACCGUCAACACGCCUGUUGACAUAUCUAAGCUGAAUCUACUGCGGACGGUCGAUGAUGAGUUUAAGAAAGAGCGCCAACAGCAGCAGCAGGCCAACAUCCUGUAUCAAGCCCAGAUCGAUGAAUUUCGCGGAGUUAAGAUGUGGUACAGUAACUUACCGAAGCCGCUACAUGUGAAUAACUUUCAACUGCGCAAGCUCGGUGGAGGCUAUGUUAUGAACCGAAAACUGCUGAAUAUCCGAAAAAAUUUGGUGAGCGAGUCGAACAAUUUAGCAAAAUCUCUUAACUCGCAGCUAUCUCCGAUUGGUGGACCGCGCAAUGCGCUAAACUUUAAUAGUUCGAGUACUCGUUCUAGUGAUAUGCUGUCACCCAUCUCUGGAUUGGGUAAAAACAAAGAUACAAGCAAUGGCCUCGGACUAUCAAGCUCUCCGGUUGGUAACCGUACAAGUCAGGUUAACCGUGGCCAACGACGACUGAUACUGCCACAGGCUUCGGUCAAGAAACAAACUGAAAAGACUUCUUGUUUGCUAAGUAACGCGUACUUUAAGAAUCUAAUAUGUUCCAUGCAACAACAGCAGCAACAAUCUGGUAGCCACUCAUCCGGUGGCAUCGGUUCGGCUUCUCCCAGCCUCAAACGAUCAGCCUCUUCGCUCACGUCGCUGUCCAACAAACGACUAAAAAUUAUCAAUAACCUACAGAAUUCAACGGCCCCACCGCAGAUGUUACUACAGGGCAGCGGAAAAGUGAAGCCAAAAGUAUUAUAAUUAGUGAUAAGGAUCUAUAAUCUCGACGGCUUCGAAGGCGAUACCGACGACAGCGAAUAGAGAGAGGAUCCGGAAGCAGUCACUCACAAAAACACUUCUGUAGACGCUUAGACACACUUCCUAUAAAUCACUAGUUGAUGCUGCUGCUGUUUUUGGAAGCUGAUGCCGCUUACUGCGACCUCCGGUCCCCGCUUAUCUGACCGGCGGACGUAAAAACGGAAAAUAAAUGGACUGAAAAUAGUAAUGUUCGUCUCUACGUAUUAUACAUAUGUAUAAAUAAUCAGGAUUAUAUUGAAUCAUACUGCAGUAGGUGUGUUGUCACUUCUGGGACGUUUUUGGGAUCGUAUUUUUUCAUUCACUGUUUUUUUAAAUAUCUGUCUUGUCUCAUUUUUUAGAAUCUAAACAUGUACAACUUUUGCACAACAUAUAUGGUCUUUCUGAUAAAAAGAUUCAAAACACAAAACCAGAAAAUUACAUUUCUUUGGGUGAUUUCAUUUGUUUAUUCACUGUUUGUGUGAGAGAUCGAUAGAAAAAGAUCCCAAAUCUAAACGUCCCUAACAAAUACAUAGACGUACUGCUCGUUAUUUCGCUUCUUUGUGAGCAGUUUCUAGAUAUCUAUAAAGCUGUAAUCAAUAUAAUCUACUUGUAUAUUUAUGGCAACGAGUACAAGAAGGCUAAAAGUCGAAUAAGAAACGCAUGAAGGUUGAGCAGAGGAACUCUGAAAGUAGAAAAUAUCGGAAUGUUAAGCGAAUAGCCGUAAUGUUUCUCAAUGCUGUUGGUUACUAAGCGAGUACUGCAGUUGUUCACGUUAUAGAAUUACCUACUCACCAAAUUGCUGACAAGACUUAAACUAUGUACGACAAAGAAAUGAAGCUCUGUAAAAUUUAGUCUCUUUUUGUAAUGAGUCCAAAUACAGAUACGUUAAAAAUUA